UUAAUUGCGGAAGAGACUCCGUCGACAAGAAUCCCAUAAUGCAACGGACGGCAAAAAUCAUAAACAGGGAUUCAUAAUGGCGGCUGACAGUGACCCCGAGUCGGAGGUCUUCGAGAUCACGGAUUUUACCACCGCGUCGGAGUGGGAGAGGUUUGUGUCCAGAGUAGAGGAGGUUCUGAAUGACUGGAAGUUGAUUGGGAACAAUUCAAGCAAACCACCAGAGAAGGGUGAAUACACCAGUGGUACCUGGGAGGAGAAGACCCAGGAUAUCAAUUUUGCUGAUUUUAAAUUCUCCGUAACGCACCACUGCCUGAAGCAGGAGUCUGAGGAGGGCGAGGGGAAGGAGGAACCUGAGGAGGAUGCCUUCCCCACAGCCAUGCAGGACCUGCUCUGUAUGAACAAUGACUUCCCUCCCAGGGCCCACUGCCUCGUCAGAUGGUAUGGCAUGCGUGAGUUUGUGGUCAUCUCCCCCGGGGCCAACUGUGAGGCGGUCAUCAGUGAGUCCAAGUGCAACCUGCUACUUAGCUCCAUCUCCAUCUCUCUGGCCAACACAGGCUGCCAGGUACCCAUGUUUGUUCAGAUCCAGCAGAAGUGGAGGAGGAUGUACCAUGGGGAGUGCCAGGGCCUGGGGGUGCGUACCGACUUUGAGAUGGUCCACCUCCGCAAAGUGCCCAGCCAAUACAACCAUCUCUCAGGCCUACUGGACAUCUUCAAGUCCAAAAUAGGUUGUCCCCUGACUCCUCUUCCUCCCAUCAACAUCGCAAUCCGCUUCACGUAUGUCCUGCAAGACUGGCAGCAGUACUCCUGGCCUCAGCAGCCCCCUGACUUCGACGCUCUCCUCGGAGGUGAGGUGGGAGGGGUGGAGUUCGGGAAGCUGCCAUUCGGAGCGUGUGAGGAUCCAAUCAGUGAGCUUCACCUAGCGACCACCUGGCCCCACCUGACAGAAGGCAUCGUGGUGGAUAACGAUGUGUACUCUGACCUGGACCCGCUCCAGGCCCCUCAUUGGUCAGUCCGAGUCAGGAAAGCGGACAGCCCCACGUGUUUACUCGGUGACUUCCUGACGGAGUUCUUCAAGCUGUGCUCUAAGAAGGAGUCAGCAGAGGAGAUCCUGGGACGGGGUCCAGUUGAGGAGGAAGGCAAAGAUGACAUCAGCCAUGCCCUGUCUAAGUUGACAGAGCCCACGGCCGUGCCCAUCCCCAAGCUGUCUGUCUCUAACAUGGUGCACAGCGCCCGCAAACGCAUCCGCCGCCACCGCCGCGUCGACGAAUCACCGCUCAGCAACGAUGUGCUCAACUCCAUACUGCUGUAUCUCUUCCCAGACGCCGCCGUAGACAAGUCAUCCUCAGAGAACAGCGAGAGCAAGGCUUCUCAAUUGAAUACUGAUGGGAAACCAGAAGAGAAGGAGUCUGACGACUAUAACCUGUACAACCAGCUGAAGUCUGCUCCUAGUGACAGUCUGACAUACCGCCUGGCUCUGUGUGUGUGUCUGGUUAACUUCUACCAUGGCGGGGUCAGGGCGGUGGCUCACCUCUGGCAGGAGUUUGUCCUGGAGAUGAGAUACCGCUGGGAGAACAACUACCUCGUCUACGGACUGGCCAGUGGUCCUCCAGACCUUCGCUGCUGUCUCCUGCACCAGAAACUCCAGAUGCUCAACUGCUGCAUUGAGAGGAAGAGAGCGAGGGAUGAUGGGAGGAAGACUGCUGAGGGAGGGAAGGAGAGGGAGAGAGGGAGGGAGAGGAAGAAGUCAGGGUCGACCGGGACUGAGAAUGGGCGCCUGGGGCCGGAGAGUGCGGAGAUGGGCAGAGAGGUGUCUCCUGGGAAGUCGUGGGACUCGUGGAGUGACAGCGAGGGCGAGGACGAGUUCUUUGAGUGCCUGAGCGACACGGAGGAGAUGAAGGAGGCUGCGUCCACAGACGGAGAGAAGGGCGGGGCCAAGGUGGCCAAGCCAGAGGGUCGGCUCCACCCCCACGGGAAGUUGACCCUGCUCAACUCCCAGGAACCCCUGUACAUCCCUGUUACUCAGGAGCCAGCACCCAUGACAGAAGACCUUCUGGAGGAGCAGUCGGAGGUAUUGGCCAAACUGGGCACGUCAGCCGAGGGUGCCCACCUCCGCGCCCGCAUGCAGAGUGCCUGUCUGCUCUCAGACAUGGAGUCUUUUAAGGCAGCGAACCCUGGCUGUACCCUGGAGGACUUUGUGAGGUGGUACUCACCCAGGGACUACGUUGAGGAGGAGGUGGUGGACGAGAACGGGGACACGGUGGUCAGGGGUGACUUGAGUGCCAGGAUGAAGAUCCCGGGAAACAUGUGGAUGGAGGCGUGGGCCACAGCCAAGACUACCCCCGCUCGCAGACAGAGACGCCUGUUUGACGACACCAAGGAGGCUGAGAAGGUGCUGCACUACUUGGCGGUACAGAAGCCAGCAGACCUGACCCGUCAUCUCCUGCCCUGCAUCCUCCAUGCUGCCAUCCUCAAGGAGAAGGAGGAGGAGUCAGUAGAGGACAUCCUAUCUGCUAGAAAGGCCAUCCAGCAGGCCACCUCUCAUGCCAGCAAGCUGCUGCGCCACCCCAGCCCAGACUACAAGAAACUAGAGGACGUGAUUACCCAGUUGAUAGCGGUGGAGACGGUCAUUGCCCGCUCCCGCUCUCUGAAGGCCAAGUUUGGCAUCGGGAAGGCAGAGCAGGGCGACAACACAGAGGAUCUGGAGAGGUUCGUGAGCUCUCUGCUGGAGGAGCCUGAGGUGUCUGUGAUCGGAGCAGGACGCGGCCCAGCCGGCAGCAUCAUCCACAAGCUGUUUGUCAGUGCUCAGAGGCUCGCUGACUACAGCAGUGAUGAGGCUGCCCUUUUGGCUCCAUUGGAUGAAGACACAGGACGUGGGGGUGGAGCUGAUGACAAAAAGCCAAUGGGAGGUGCCAGUGUGCCAGACUUCCCUCCCCCUGCAGGGCGUGAGAUCCUGCUGCGUACGUGUGUCCCGCGGCCCGCGCCCUACUCCAAGGCCCUCCCCCAGCGUCUCUUCUGUGUCCUGAUGAGAGAAGACUUCAGGCUGGCUGGGGCCUUCUCAUCCGACACCUCCUUCUUCUGAGGGAGGGAGAGAGAGAGAAAGGAAGGAAAUUGAGAGAGAGGGAGAGAGAGGGGCUAGUCUGGAAGAUGAACCAGGGAGUGUUGGUGGGAGGUCAGGAGGGCAUUUGGGAUCUCUGGUCAGUGACUCAAUCAAGGCUGUGUGCAUCCCGUCAUGGGUGGAGCUAUGGGCGAGUAUAUGGUUUGUUCCAAAGCCACAUGACGGAAAGCUCCACCCAUCUCAGGGCUGGCACCAUCUCAAGUGUCUCCUAGGAGGAUCGGAGAAACAGAAUGGUGGGCUGGCAGGCAGCGCUUAUGAAAUCAUCGCACUGUGCAACGACUCAUAUCAGACUGUUCGUUGGUUCCCGGAGGGCUACCAACGACUAUUUGUUGAUUUAGACUAUUCCGUUAUUUGGGGUUUAAAUGCAAAAUAGACUGUACUCAACUGGGAACUGAACUUACUAUGACGGUCAGUUGUGUAGUAAAAUAAAUCUCAUGCUUUUUUGUUGCGUAGCUCUGACAAAAAAUAUACUAGGGGAAAAUAAAUGUACCCUUGUAUGAAAAGAAAAAAAAAUUCUAAUAAAAUGGGGGGGGGGAUAAGAGUAUUCCCCUUGACCUAUCUCCCUGCGUGGUAAUAUAUUAGGACGCUAAAUAGCAUAUCAUGUAUUUUUCCCUGCCACUUGAUUGUGAUCGUUUGUGGCUCUCCAGUGUUGCCCAAUCAGUUAUUGGUUGAAGACCAUCAUCUCUUAGGCGCUCACAAUGCUCUGUCUGUUCUGUAGCCCCAGACACUCUCACGCUGCCCAUCGCGCUCGUACUGUAUGCAGUAAUUAGUUACCACUUCUUAAAGCAUUUCUCACUAUAAUAAUGCUUAUUGAUAUACAUGCAAUCACCGUAGGUUUUCCCUUGUCACCUAAAUAUAUUGAAUCUUAGUUGAAAGUGCAAUUACAUAUUCUAUAUUGUAAAGACGUAGCCUUACAUAUAGCAGCAGAGAGAAAGGUGUCCUUGUUAAUGUUAGUGCUGUUUCUAUGAAGAAGGAUGUUAAGUGCUGUUAAUUGUUAAAUUGCUGAGUAAUUUUACUUAAGUCAAUGCAGACAACUUUUCUACUUUGUCAGUAAUUGACUGAGGGGGUGGAUUCAAACUGUGGAGCUAGCCAAAGUCUGUACAUGUCAAGUGAGUGUUGGUUAUAAACAUCUCCUAGUUUAGUCCUGUUACAUUGGUAAAAAAAUAAACAUUUUAAUUUGACACUAAAA